UUCCUGGGCCAGCCACAAGCAGCUGCCAGCGUUCCGGCGACCUGGGUGGCUUCCAGGUUCCAGGCUCCGUGGGGCAGUGAGACCCGCACCAUGAGCUCCCUGUCCGCAGCCAAUGGCGCCUUUGCCUUCCGGCUUCUAAAGCUCCUGUGCCCGGAUGACCCCGCAGACAACGUCUUCUUCUCUCCUGUGAGUGUCUCCUCAGUCAUGGCCAUGGUCCUGCUGGGAGCCAAGGGCGACACAGGGGCCCAGAUUGCCCAGGUGCUGGCUUUAAACCCCAAGGGGGACAUUCAUGGUGGCUUCCAGUCCCUUCUCACCCAAGUGAACAGGCCUGGUGCUCCGUUCUCCCUCAGCAUCGCCAACAGGCUCUUUGCAGAUAAGAACUGGAAAUUCCUCCCAUCAUGUACGGAGUCCUGUCUGAAGUUCUACCGUGCCGAGGUGGACCAGCUGCCCAUUGCGGAAGAUCCAGAGAAGUCCAGGAAGCACAUCAACACUUGGGCAUCCAAAAGGACUGAAGGCAAAAUUCAGGAGUUGUUGGCAGAGGGCUCACUUGGUAAGGGGAUCAGACUGAUUCUGGUGAAUGCUGUCUACUUCAAAGGAAGGUGGGACCAACAGUUUGAGGAGUCGUCCACAAGGACAAUGCCUUUUAAAAUAAACCAGAAGGAGCAGAGGCCGGUGCAGAUGAUGUACCAGGAAGCCAGGCUCCCCCUGGCCUAUGUGAGGGAGUUGGGGACCCAGGUGCUGGAGCUGCCCUACACUGGCCGCGAGCUGAGCAUGGUCAUCGUGCUUCCCGUCGAAGGCGUGGACCUCAGCACGGUGGAAAAAAGCCUCACUUUUGAGAAAUUCCAAUCGUGGACCAGUGCAGAGCAGAUGAAGAGUACGGAGGUUGAAGUUUUCCUGCCGAGGUUUAAACUGCAGGAGGACUAUGACAUGGGCUCUGUGCUGCAGCGCUUGGGCAUGGUGCAUGCCUUUGAGCAGGGCAGUGCAGACCUGACUGGGAUGGUGGCUGACAGGGACCUGUGUCUGUCCAGGUUCGUGCACAGGAGUGUGGUGGAGGUCAACGAGGAAGGCACAGAGGCCGCGGCAGCGGCAGCUUGUGAUGUUGUAGACAGUUUUCAUGAGAUGUCUGGGCCUGUGUUCCGCGCUGACCGCCCCUUCCUGUUCUUCAUCAAGCACAACAAAACCAACAGCCUGCUCUUCUGUGGCAGGUUCUCCUCCCCUGAGGGGUGCACUUACUGAGCGUGCCAGCAGCUCCCUCUGUGUCCCCAAAUCCCCAAACUCCAUGCAGAUGGCUCCCAGGAAAAAUCCCAGUGCAGCCUAAGGGCAGACCCGAGAUCCUGCUGUCGGCACAGGCUCACAGUGUGCUGUGCUCUGCGCUCUCACACUGCCCGCUCAUCUGUGCCCCAACCAAGAUAGGGGACAACAGACUGCCGUGUUGAGCGUAGGGCGCAGUCCCGAUCCCAGAGCGCAGCCAGCAGUUUUCCUGGGUGGCCUCAAACAUCUCUCACACUCAUGUCUCACACUACUUAUUGUGGUUACUGUGCGCUUCCUCGCACCCCAGAUCUGAUCACACCGCCUUAACUGACUUCCUAAAUAGUAAUACUUGCUGCUGGAUGGUAUUGUUCCUAGUGCAGUCUUCCUGGUGCUUGGAGUUUUAAAGAAAUGUGCGUUUUUUUUUUUUUGGUACCAGGGAUCGAACUCGGGUCCUUGCGCUUGUGCAGCAGGCAGCGAAACCACUGAGCUAAAUCCCUGGCCCAGAAGUGUGCAUUUUAAUUUUAUUUUUCUUUGACAUUUCCCAUUCACCAAGUCAGGGCAAAGCACUGAAUGAGGCCCAGGGACAGAAUCAAGCUUCUUCGACAGCUGCUCUUUAGCAUCUGUGCCAACUUGCAUACCUUUGGUGGCAACCUGAUUGCACCAUUGAACAUCUUCAUCUUGUAGAGGUGAAAAUGUAUUCAUAUGAUUUUAUUUCUCCUUCUCCAACUCAAGGAGAUAAAUUCCUUUCAGCCCCUAAAAUUUAUUUUAAAUGUCAUCUUUUUCAAGAAAUUUUUGCUUUCUCCAGAACCAGAUGUGCAUCUUUGAACUCUCCUCACAGCUGUUCAUGUUAGUAGGUUGAUUUAUAAAUCUUCUGUGUUCUCAGGUGUCCCCCACCUUGACCUUGAAGUCCCAAAGGUUAAGAUUCUACCUCACAUAUCUGUGUCACUUGUACUACAGAAAUAAGUUAUUGUUCCCAUAUACAAGCUCUAACUUGUUUAAUGGUUUAGAAUGUUAUUGUUUAGACAUCCACAGAACAAAGUUAGCCCUGUUAAGCAGUGCAUUCAGCAUGUUGUGUAACCACCACCUUAUGUAGCUCCAGAAGUUUUCAUUGCCCCAGAAGAAAACUACCCACUGAGAAGUGAAUCCCUAUUAUGUCCUCCUUGCAGCCCUAGAAAUCAGAAGUUUGCUUUCUCUCUAUGGAUUUACCUACUCUGAACAUUUCAUAUAAAUUGAAGCAUA